UUUGGUUGAUGGCGGUCUCGAGAAUGAGGCUUUUCUGAAGUGUCAAUCUGAAAAUUGUACUGAGGAUUCUAAGCCAACGAAGGAUUGAGAGGCACAUUUCCUUCUUGAGCGGUGGCGAUUCUUCUUUUUGGGGGUUUCCCGUGGCCGCUUAGGACGAGUCGUAGUGGUAGUGCUAAAUCGAAUGCGAUUUAAUCGUAUCUACUGUCAGCAGCUAUUUCGAUUGAUAUUGCGAUUAUUUUGAUCAAUUUGUGAGUUUAACACAACAAUAGCCAUAAAAACCUACGUUUGAGUUUGUAGGAUUUGUAGGACAAAUCGGGUAUAAUUACAACCCCUUUUUUUUAUUCAGCUCAGAUAGUCACGGAUAGUUCGCGUUUAGUGGUGUUUAGAUAGUUCAGAUAGUUACGGUCGCCAUGUAAUCUGAUGAACGUACAUACGGUUCAACUGAUCAACGCGUACCAUCGCGGUAGGUCAGUGUUUUGCUGACAUGUAUCGACGUAGAAUAAUACUUUGUUCGAAGCGGACUUCUCAACACUUGAUCAUCGUCCAGGCGAUCAUAGAAACCCAGAAGGGGGUUCCCUUACUGGACACGUUGGCCUUACCUUGGGAAGGGGGACAUAGCUAAACUCUUGAAAUAAGUUGGAAGGCGAAGUUUUUAGGCAGCGUAACGUCCUAUCUUGACAGUCCGAAUGCAUCUGUUCUGCCGCGAUCGGAAUUGAUUUUAUUUAUACUCAAUAGGUGUUAUGGGUUUGGUACAUUUGGUUUUGGAAUGUGUUUUUGUCCUAAUUAAAGGUUAUUGGAUUGAGGUGCCAUUUAUACAUUGUGUGGCAGAUUUACUGCUAACAGUAGGUCAAAUUAAACAUAGCAUUACCAACAGCCAGGUAAAAAGACAUUGAACACUAGAAGCGUAAAUGUUCUCGUGUUUUACCCCAAAACAUAAAUAAGGAAAACACUCCACAGAUAAACAAUUUAACUUCCGUAAAACCCCAGGCAUAAACAGGAAAACGUUUGCUACAUCCACAAUGCACGGAUAGUUGAUAAAACACAAACACGCUAGGUAUAAUUUGAGAAACCACUGUUAAAAAACCUAAACCCGGAAAACCAAACGAAAGUUCACAUUUGACAAACAUCUGAUUGCCAAAUGUAUCACAAAUUUCACACCAUCUCUGUUAUAAAUAAAGCUCAAAUCGAUGGCGAAGUCAGUUCACCUUCCACAGACACGUAGAUCACUCGUGUUCUGGUGCAUCUCACCAAUUUGCAGAUUCCGCCGUAGGCUCUGGCCAAUUUGAUAACCAAUUUUGUUUAUCAGCUCUUCAGUCAGUUGACCGAUCAGCAUUACCCUCAUCGAAGUAAAGUGCAUGUUUGCACUAGUUCCACCCAACUUCUCCAACGGUGUCCGAUUCCGCCUCGGCCAUCAACUCGACGCGCAAGGUCGAUCCAGUCCGCGAUUCCACUGACGUAGCAAGUGCUUCUUUUCGAACUCAGCGUCUAUACUAUUGCCGAAUGGGCUGCAUGCCCUUUUAAUAGCAGAUUCAACUGAUGUAAUGGUUUCACGGUCUAAAAACUACGAAAAUUUCGAACAAACUACGAGCAGUACUUCAUCUGAUGAUGAAGAUUCAAAAGGAUCUGAGGAUAACGAACGGUUGGAUAAUAAAGUGAAAGUCUAUUGCGACUCGGAUGACGAUAGUGACAGUAGUGUUAAUGACUCUUUGAUAACGAGUGAACAUGAAGGUGAAAAAUUAGCUGCUGCUGCCCUUUGUGUAGGAGUAGGUUCGUUCAGCGAUCCGCGCCACGUACAAGGCCUAGCGCAUUUUUUAGAACACAUGAUUUUUAUGGGAAGCAAAAAGUACCCGCGGGAAAAUGAAUACGAUUCCUUUAUCAGUAAAUGCGGUGGUUUUGACAAUGCAGUAACAGAUUUGGAAGAAACCACUUUUUAUUUUGAAAUAGAUGAAGCGCAUUUAGAUGGUGCUUUGGAUCGUUUUGCCAGUUUAUUUACUGAACCGUUAAUGCUUCGCGAUUCCGUUUGCCGUGAACGUGAUGCCGUUGAAAGCGAGUUUCAAACAAACAAGAAUCGUUUUACUCCGGCUCGUGAACAAUUGAUAGCAUCACUCGGUAAUGAUGAUCAUCCAAUAAGUUUAUUUUCUUGGGGAAAUUUAAAAACUUUAAAAAAUAACAUAUCGGAUGACGAGUUGUAUAAGGAGCUCCAUAAAUUUCAAAGGCAACACUAUUCAGCUCAUCGUAUGCACUUUGCUGUACAAGCGCGCAUGAGCCUAGACGAGCUCGAAUCCCUAACUGUGAAAUAUUUUUCAAGCAUACCUUCCAACCAACUACCGGCUAAUAACUUGUCAGCAUUUUAUAACGAAAAAAAUGCUUUUCGGGAUGAAUUCUACAGAAAACUUUUGAUUGUGAAACCAGUCUCAGAUGUGUGUCAACUAGACAUAACGUGGUGUUUACCACCUAGCAUAAAAGAUUACCGCGUGAAACCAAUUGAUUACAUUUCCUAUAUUAUGGGCUAUGAGGGUAAAAAUAGUUUAACGAGUUAUCUACGUAAGCAUUCAUUGGCCCUAGAUGUACAAACUGGAGCAAAUUUUGGGUUUGAAAAAAAUUCGCUUUACACGCUGUUCGGAGUAUCCAUUACUAUGACCGAUCGUGGGCUAGAAAAUGUCGAGCAAAUUUUAAAAGCUGUAUACUCGUUUGUACGAUUGUUAAAGCGCGAAGGACCUCUUGAAUGGAUUUACAAAGAACUGCAAGAAUUGGAAGCAACAUCUUUUCGAUACCGUAAAGAAAAAGAAGCUAGUGAUAAUGUGGAAGAAUUAGUAGUCAACAUGCGUUAUUAUCCUUCUGAACAUAUUAUCACUGGCUCAGAAUUAUAUUUCAAAUACGACCCGAACGAGAUAUGGACGGUUAUCAACGACCUUAACAAGCCACUGUUUAAUCUGAUGAUAUCUUCUACAAAACCUUAUAGAAAUGUUACUUACAAUCGUACUGAGGCUUGGUUUGGAACGGAAUAUUUCGAAUUAGAUGUUCCAAAAGAAUGGCAACGUUUAUGGGAAUUGGCGGAACCAAUACCAGAAAUACAAAUUCAAGAAAAAAACCAAUAUAUUUCGACCAAUUUUACGAUAUUAGCGGAUGCAAAAGAAAAUUUAGAGGUUCCACCUCACCCAGAAAAAAUUUUCGAAAACGAUUUAUGUGAACUAUGGUUCCGCCAAGAUAAUAAAUUCCGGCUUCCUUUAGCCCUAAUGUAUUUUUACAUAAUUUCUCCGCUACCAUUCAAUAAUCCUAGCAGUUCCGCUUUGGCUGGAUUGUUUGCCUCAAUCAUUAAAUAUCAAAUAGCAGAAGAACUCUAUCCAGCCGAAGUGGCGGGAUUGAAUUAUGAACUAUACUCGGCAGAGAAAGGACUUGUGUUAAAGAUUGAUGGAUACAAUGAAAAAUUACCUAUCAUAGCAGACGAAAUAUCUGCUUCAAUGGGACGAUUUACAGAAAUAUUUAAAGAGAGUAUUUUUGAUGUGAUCAAAGAUAAACUAGAAAAAAUAUACUAUAACGAAUUGAUGAAACCUAAUAAGCUGAACAGAGAUGUUCGUUUAAAGCUUGUCCAAUUAAAUCAUUGGUCAACGUGGGAAAAAUUUGAGUAUCUUAAAAAAUUUACGAUCAAUGAUGUACGUCAGUUUGGGCAAGAUUUCUUCAAUAACUUCAAAAUUCAAGCGCUAAUACAGGGUAAUGUUGAGAAAGAAACGGCUAAACAAGUGAUAGAUAAAGUCUUGAGCAACCUUAAUGGAUCGCCGAUUGGAGAUACCAAAACCGUUGAAUCGAAAGCACGUGAAAUACCUAUUGGGGAUAAUUAUAUACGAGUUUCCAAUUUUCGAGAAAGUGAUAUUAAUACUGUAACUACGACUUUCUACCAAGCGGGGCCUGUCACUCCGUUGCUGCAUGCAUGUUUAGAGCUGCUAGUUUCGUUAUUAGAGGAACCAUUAUUUGACAUGUUACGUACGAAGGAGCAACUGGGAUACGAUGUGUCGACUACACUGCGCGAUAAUGCUGGAAUAUUGGGAAUAUCUUUUACUAUUCACUCACAGGAAAACAAAUUUAAUUAUCAAUACAUAGACGAAAGGAUUGAAAAAUUUAAUCAACACUUUUUAGAACUAUUGGAUGAAAUGACAGACAUUGACUUUGAGCUAGUGAAAACAUCUCUUAAGCAUAGGAAACAAGUCGUAGAUACUGAUCUGAAAAAUGAAGCCUCCCGCCAUUGGGGUGAAAUCACAACAGAAGAGUAUAUAUUCAAUAGAAACAGCUUAGAAGUACAAGAAAUUGUGAAAUUGUCAAAAACUGACGUUUUACGUCUAUUUCAAUCACUUGUAAUGGAUCCAACCACCAGGAGGAAACUAUGUGUACAGGUCAUUGGUAAUAAUGAUAAAAUAACGAACAACACCGCACUAACUUACAGCAAUAUGGAUACGAAAAGAGCUUCGAGCUUUCAAUUAAAUUACAUUCAUCACGAGGAACCUAUAAAAGACGAUUGCCGGUACAUAGGUGAUAUCGAAGGCUUUACAAAACAUCUAAAAGUGUAUAAUAUGGUUAAAAUGGAUUUUUGCACGGGGAAUUGAAAUUUAUUACACAUAAAUUUUUACAAUUAUUUGUUGAAUUGUUUUUCGUGUUUUUCAGCUCGUUGACGACGGCGCUGCUGAAUAUAAUUGUUGAAGUUUA